AUGCCGCCUCCACCUCUUCCGCCGUAUCCGCCGUACCCGCCUUUCGCGCCUUUCUCACCACCAGACGAAAGGAAAUUCGUAGAAGAACAGAAAGAAAGCGAAAAGCGUUCGACAGGCGUGGGAGGGAACGAUGGAGCUGGUAAGCUGUGGUGGUUUUGUUUUUAUUUGACAUGUGCGUUUAUCGUCGUCGUCGGCACUUGGCUCAAAGCGAGAGAGCUCACUCUGAACCCGGAGAUGCGGUACAGAGCGCAAGCAAACUUUCGAAGACCAGCGACUCGUUUGCGACCCACGCAAAACUACGAACGCGUCGAGUAA